GUCAGCCAAAACUUUUAAUUUUUGAUUACCCUUUUUUGAAAAUAGUUCUGUUUUGAAAAUAGUAUUUAUUGUGAAAAGUUCUUCUUCAUACUAAGUACAAACACGUAUAAUGGCAUCAAAUAUGGGGCUCUUAUUUUUAACAUUGUUGAUAUGUAUCGUAUACAUUAGUAAAGGAGAUAUAUUACGAUUGUCUGAAUGCAACAAAUUUUAUGCUGUCUUUGAUGUUGUAUUCAACAAUUUUCUUCUAAUAAAUACGACAUAUUCUUUGGUUAGAAACAUCGAACUGAACAGAUGCUUGAUCAUAUGCAUGCAAUAUCCAAGGUGCAAAUCAUUCAGCUACAUGUUUCAUCACUCACAAUGCCGAAUACACCAUUCCACUAGAACUGACACUGGAAGUAACUUACAAAAGGAAAAUGGAUGGACACACUAUGAAACCAACGAGAAUGCAACGAACGUCGGCCCUGUUUGUGAAGAAAGAAAGCCAUGCAACUUCGGGAAAUGUGUGGAUACAUGUGAUGAUAAAGGCUACAAAUGUGAAUAUACCUGUUCGGGUGAAUGGAUUUUAUUGAAACGCAAUGUCUGCUUUGGAGCACGUGCAAACCAGUUUGGAACAUUUAAAUUAACACAUGACGCAGUAAUGACUGGCAUAAAAUUGGUACAUGUCGGUGGACCUGGUCUAACGUGCAUUGAAGACACACCGCCAACAAAGUGGGGAUGUGAUUAUGGCCACGGUUUUGUUGUAGAAAAUGUUGCGGCUGUCAUUACAGAUGAACAAAACAACACACUUUACCCAUCUAUGAAGUAUCAUAUAAGGCACGGAUUCUUCAAUGUUCCAGGAUACAAUGCCAACUCUUCGUACCUCAUCUAUAACGCAACAAGUUACACUGUUCACAAGGAACAGGAGCUGAGAAUCCAUUAUGGUGAAGCUUGGGCCUCUACUGGACAACCGGCUAAUAACAAUGGUACAUCAUGUGCCGAUAUUUAUGCGAAAUUGUGUUACAAAUAAGUUUUUUUGUGAUUGAUGCAAUCUUCUUCAGUCUGAACUAAGUAGAGAAAUAACUUUUUUUAUGUUUGCAAAGUAUUGGUUAAAUAUUGUGCAUUUUCUUCUUAAACUUUAAAUAAAGGAAAUUGAUUUUAAAGAAUUUUCACGAUGAACAUUUUAUAUCAAAUUUCAAUGUAGAUACACACGACGGUGAAGGAACUUAGGGGCUGUUCAUAUGGAGGCGGGCUGGCUCGGUUAGGCGGGCUGGCUCGGCUAG